CUUCCUCUCCCUCUCCGUCUCUGUAUCACUCGGCCCAUCUCUGAAGUCUCAGCGGCGAACACAGUGCACUGGCAGUGAGCGUCUGGAUCAGUCUGUGUGAGCCAGACUCAAGGUCAAAGGUGACCACUACAGCAAUGGAGUGCUUCAACGACCUGCUCCUUAAACUGCGGGAGCUCCACGAGCGAGAGGUGGAUGGUUGGCAGGUGAAAGUCCAAGAGCUGUCCAACAAGAAAGGCUGCGAUAUAAAGCGGAUGGAGGAACUAUUCACCAGAAACCAGCAGAUGAAAGAACAGCACAGAUUACUCACCGACAACAUCAAAACACUGGAAAACAGGCUGAGAGCGGGACUGUGUGACAGAUGUACAGUGACCCAGGAGGUGGCUACAAGAAGACAGCACGAGUUUGAAGCCUCACAGAUACAGAGCCUCCAGCACAUCUCUAUACUGGCGGGAGAGAUGAACAACCUGAAGAAGGAGAACAAAAGACUUAGAGAUGAAAUCAGGAAUUUAAGAACAGCACUUGAAAGUCACAGCGACCACUCCUCAAACAGCAGCAGCGUCACAGAGGUCAAACAACCAAACAGCUCGCCUGACCUUUCACCCUGCUCUGUCCCUGUGGCCCUCAUCGCCGAGGCAACCAGCAGGGCCAGCAACCAGCCAUCAGAUAGUGACACUGCAGUGAAAACCGAGAGAGACCAAAGAAGAGAGGAAACUAAACACAGACAGUUGAGAGGGAUGAACAGGAGCCACUUUGAGCCGUACAAGUCUGUACCACUGUCGACUCUCACAUUACCAUCCUGGAAGACAGAACACAGUGUAACCCGAGAGAGGAGAAGUCAGAGUAUUGAACGACUGGACCAACGAUCCUCCAUCCCCCCUCAAGCGCUCCUUCCUAAGAAUUCUUCCUCCUCAACCAGUGGAGAAGUCAACUCCAACAGACACGUGCUCCACACUCCCGUUCCCUGCCGUCCUCAACCAAUCAAGAGCAGCCCUGUUACUCUCCCCUGGCCAUUAUCCGAAUCCUCUGACUGGGUUUCUGUGGCUGCUGCAGGCACCAGCCAGCUGAUGCAACCUUCUUCCAAACUGAAUGUGCCACGCUUUCCCAACCUCAUCCCAAUUAGCCAGCAUACCAAUUCUAGAAAGCAGGUUUUCGGGUCUCCCUGGUCCAAACAAAGCAGUCCUCAGCCCCCGGUAAAAGAUCCAACUGUAGUGUUCAGGUUGAGGAGUCUGUCAGAGCAUGUAGAGAGUCAAAUAACCCCCCCGGACAAAAAAGAAAUUCAGCCAACUAAAGCGGAAAUGGUCUCUGGAGAAGAGCUUAAGGAGAUCUACGAGGGGCCUCUGGACCUAUCGGAUCGAGGAAAGUCCAAAUCCAACCAAACACCAAGAGAUGAUUCACCCUCAGCCGUACAAGUUGGAGAGAUAGUACAGAAGAGCCCUGACAAAGAUGUGAAGACAAAUACAUAUGCACAAGUACCAGUAUCAUCACCUUCACAUGUCGCACAGCCCUCAUCUUCAUCUUCCUCUACACCACCGAUCGACCAACAAGAGGAGGAGCCUACCGGGGAUCAUAACCACAAGCAGGUAACCAAAGAUCAGGAGCAGAAAGAGGAGGUGAAUGGAAAGACGGACCAAAGCAGCGAAAAGAAGGUGCCUGUCCUCACUAUAUCAUUACGACCAGUAGUAGUCCUGGAGACUCUGAAUUCUGCUCUGCAAAAGCAAGAAGCCUUAUCAUUGAAUGGCAAGUCGUCUUCACCAGCAGACGAGCGAGAGAGCAGCUCAGAAGAGCAGGGCGAAGACGGGAGUGCGUCAGGCCAAGAAAGCAUUCAGGGCAGAAAGAGGAAGAGGACAUCUGUGGAGACAGAAAGCAACAGGGACUCAGACACAGACAGGAGCAAUGUGCUGAAGUAUUCUUCCAGGGAGUCAGUACUCCUGCCCAUAAAACUUUACAGACAUCCAGCACGAAAGGAAAAUCAAGAUCAUGGUCAGAACUGAGGAGAAGAGCCCGAGCUAAAGAGGAUGAUGGUACAAUGACCUGGUGAUCUCACUUAGACCUCCAUUAACUGAUGUUUUUGGCCACUAGGGGGCAGUACAACAAGCUGAAAAACAGAAACACUACACUUAUAUAUCAGCUUAUAAAGCUGAUGCAGCUAACAAAUUAGCAAACAGUGGAAAAUGUACACAUCCAGUGGAUAUGGAGCAACUUUAGCAUUAAUUGGGAGUUGUGUUUCUGGCCACCUGAUGAAUGUUGGUCCAAUAAUGACUCUUGCCCCUUUAGCUCUUGGUCUCCACCAACUGCAGAGGGACAUAUUCAGCUCUUUAGCUAAAAAAUGCUCCACUGUGUUUAGCAGCUGGUCGCUAUCAUUGACUGUCUAGUGUACAGUGGUUAAAACAGUGAAGUUGCAGGCCAUAAAAUCAAAACAGUGACUAAGAGGAUGCUAAACAUCUCCUUAGAGCUCAGGGGGAUGAUGAUAAUUCUCUGUCUGUCCACCAUAUGGAGAGUACAUGUAGUCAUUUGAUCUACUGUUGAUACUAUAAUUUUGAGUGUAGCAGCUUUUGUAUAAAAAUAUAGAUUAAAGCAGCUUUAAACUUUCCUCUUGGCAUUUUGAAACAUCUGGAUUUUUCGCUGCCUUCGGCCCGGUGCACUCUGUAACAGCGUCCAGCUUCCUUUUGUGAGCCUAAACAGGAGGAGGUAAAUAAAAAAGAUGAAGGAUGGGAAAAAGAGAUUAUAUCUAUAAACAAGUUAAAACAUGGCUGAGACAAUAAGUAUUUGUAGGUUGGCAGUCAUUUUUUUCCCCCAUUAGAUUCUCAUUAAUUCCUUCACUUAACACAGCGCCCUCUAUCUGAUGCCAUGAGGAGAUCUUAUACUACUUCAUUAUUGUAAUCACAAUUAAGCAGUUUUAACAACAAAUACACACAAUGGAGACUCCCAAUGAUGGCUUUGUUUACCUGCAGAGAUCUAAUAAUGUCUCAGCCCUUUAAGGCCGUCGUUGCUAAAACUUACAUCAUGUCAGAGUUUGCAGUUACUGGUAUAAGCCUAAAUCCUGCUAAGAAAAAUUUGAAUACAUUCGUGAUACAAAUACAAAUUCUGUUUCCAUGGAGUCACUAAAUCUAAAACAAUAACAAUAACCAGAAUGAUCUAUAGAGCAAGCUGUGGAUGUGCAUUAUCAUUCUGUUUAGCAGCUUUCGGCUGAUUGGUGAAGAAGAACUGAGGCACAGUCGGCCUGAAAAAGUCACACAUUGUGCAACACACACAACACCCAUUUUGACAACACACAACUCGAGCGGCCACCCUGAAUAUGGCAGACUGAAGACCAGUGUAGUAACUGAACAUUGAGUUGUACUAACUGAAAAUAUAAACAGUCAGAUUCAAAUGACAGCGUGAAUCAUGUCUCCUCUCAGCUGUGCACUGUUCAGCACAGCUACAGCAACACAGCCAUCACUAAUGUCAUCGCUCCGCAGGAAACAGCACCAUCAUCAUCAUGGUUCCCCCUUUCUAAAGAAAUGAAAAGUGUCAAAGCCAGUAAUGAUCUUGCAUUUGUCUUAGAGCCUAAAACCUUCGUUUUCCUCUCCCAUACUCUUCACACACCAUUCACAUGCUAUUCUGGUAUUUAUAGUUAUUUCACUUUCCUGGCAUUGCUGUCACUGCAUAGCUAUUUUUGCUACAGAGCACCCCCCCACCUCCACCACCACCCUUCCCCUCAGCCUGUCUCUAAGUGACCCACAAGGAAAAAAAAAAGAAGAGAAAAACAUGUUCCUCUUCCCCUUUUCAUUUUCAGAAUGCACAUAUUUUGCAAGUAUUAACUUUCCGCUCACAGCUGCGACGGCUUGUGCUAAGCCGAGUGAAUAGAGGAGAUAAAGAUAGAGUGACAGAGUCGGUUAAAUGACCUAAACUCUUGUGGUACAGCACUGUGAGGUCAACGUGUCCACUCUGUGUAAUAAUCUUUUUUUUUUUUAAUGGAGAUGCCCUAAUCAACAGGCAGCAUCAGCCAAUAUUUACUAUAAAUUGAUGUUAUUUUCCUUCUCGUGUGUGCACUUUUUAACUAUCCUGUGUGUGACAGCCCCAACGCAUGCAGUCCAUAAUGCAGUUAUAUUGAUCUGUACUGUUUCUAUCAUGUCUCUCUUAUGCCAUUAGAGUCCAUUAAGUACAGUACUUGGUCAAUGGUCAGUGGACUAAAUAGCCUUCCCCUGCCAUUCGCAUCUCACAUUAAUUAUUAUGCGAUUGACUGAGAUACUUUAAGUGUACUGUUUAUGCUUUUACACUUUGCUAAUCUAUCAAGCUAAAUACUGUUGUGUUGUUGUGUCUUAACAGAUGUAUUGUUUUCUAGAAUGAUGUAAUUUAGAAACUGUUACUUUGUAUGAAUGCACUACUCCCGAUGCUGAAAUAAAUUUCCGUUCUUGAACGUUACUUCUGUUACUGUAUGUGUUUCAGCUUUUAUAUUUUGUACCAUAACUAAUUUACCACACACCCCUGAUGUGUGUUCUGGGAAACUGAAGUAACAUCAUGUCUGACCUUUUUUUUUUUUCUGCAAAGGACAUUAUGCAAAACACUUGUGGCGUGAUGAUGGAGGAUGUAGAAACCAGUGGAAACGAUCAAAAGUUUGACAUGUAGUAGUGUGAGGUGACAUGGAACAGUUCUUUAGGUAACACUACAGUCGCGACGAAGCGUAAAAGAAAUGUUUGCUAUACAACAGAGCAUCUAAUCAACCCUGCUGAAGAUGUUGUCUGAUCUGUCGUUGCUGCUGUGUUAUCGUUUCUAAACCCACAGGAAGUGAAAGAUGGAAAUUUAAACUAUUUCAGUGUUUUUUCUUCCUUUUCCUCUUUUACAUUAGUUCUUAUUUUAAUGUCAAUCUAGACAGUUUGUACCUGUGCAUACUUAAAAUAGAGAUAGUUUUAAAAUAAGUUCUACCAAUAUGCUGACAGUCACAUUUUAAUAAUAGUAAUACACUUUAUUUGUGUAGCACCUUUCAUACAAGGAAUGCAGCGCAAAGUGCUUUACGAUAAAGAAAUGAU